ACUAAUCAAACCUUCUCCUUCAUCUUCUUCAACCUUAAACAGCAUCAUCACUCUCUAGACCGGAGAUCUCUCCGACCGACCACUCCAAAGUAAGUAACCAUGACACCAACAACAGACUCCCCUCCACCGGAAUCCUCAGAAUUCGAUCCCCAAAGGGUCAUCCAAGAACUAGUCAAAGGCAGAGAAGUUGCCCUGAAACUCCAAUCCCUACUCGGAUCCAAUCUCGAUGAUCCACACCAACUUGUAGCCAACAUCUUGGGAUCCUUUGUCAACACAAUCUCAAUGCUCAACCGUAAACCGGAGGAUUCUCCACCCACCCACCACGAUGUCAAGCCAGAGGAAUCAGAAGAGAGCAUCAAGACUUCAUCUUCAUCUCUCAAAGCUCGUAGAGGCUGCCAUCCAAGAAGGAAAUCAUCAGAAUCAUGGGUGAAAAUGAGUGGUUCAUUAAGGGAUGAUGGAUACCAUUGGAGAAAAUAUGGUCAAAAAUCUAUUCUCAAUUCUAAACACCCUAGAAGCUAUUUCAGAUGCACUCAUAAGUAUGAACAGGGAUGUCAAGCAACAAAACAAGUUCAACAAUUGGAGAAAGAAGAACGAUCUCCAAUGUUUAGAACAACUUACUAUGGCCAUCACACUUGCAAAACUAUUUCUCCCACACAAAUUGACUUUCAUGAAGAAAUUGAUCAUGAUCAUCUUCCCACCACCACCACCUCAUCAUCCUCCCCUUUUCUUCUAAGCUUUGAUCAAUCUCAAUCUCAAUCUCAAUCCAAUUCACCAAAUAGUAAUGUUAUAAUAAACCAACAACUACUACUCAAUCACCACCAAAUGUUAGUCAAGGUUGAGCAUCGCGAUCAAUCUCAACAAGAUCUCAAUUAUCAGCUUCCACCAAGCUCAGCAACCUCAUUCGAUCAUGACUACCUUUCUUCUUCUCCUUCCUCCAAUUUGACCACGUUUGAUGAGAUCUUGCCCGAGUUGGACAUUGAUUCCAUGGUGGGAGUCAUUGAUUAUUUUGAUAAUGAAUGGUUUACAUCAUGAUCAUAUAUAUUAUAAUUAGGGUUUGCAUUUUUUUCCCUUUUUGUAAAAUUAUUUGUUAUCAAGAUGUAACCUCUUAAUUUAUAUAGUUUCUAGUAGUGUCUACAUCAGUUCAUAAGAAUCGAUAUCCUAAUAAUGUCAAUUCUGUCUUGUUGGUUUGAAUAACAGCUAUAUACAAAUUAGCUAGGUUCUAGAUUUGGUGGAGACAUUUUGUUAAUGUACAAAAGUUAUGUUUUUUUAGUCA